GCCGAUCCUUGGCCUUAUCCUUGAGUUUAAUCAGGCAAAGGCGCUUGAGGAUGCAACUGUUGAGACAGUUCGCCUUGCUCUUUCUACAAAUGUUACUGAAGUCCGCGAUAAUGCGGAAAUUUGAAGGACCCCAGUUUGCACAAAGAAUCCGUCCUCCAUUGAGUUACCCGUAUCAUACUGCUUUAGAAGGAGCGACCCCAGUUUAUAUACGACAGCAAUGCUAUAAUAUUCAGUGUGGGGGGAGGAGAGAUAUAAUUUAUAUCUUUGCUGCUAUUCGGGAAGUGUAAGUUUUAUCAUUCCAAGCUGUGGCUUGCCAACGCAUUUGAGG